CUCCGCGGGAAACAAAAAUGGCGAGGGGCUGCGCUGGAGCCGGGCUGGCCGUGAGGCGGGUCUGACCCCUCCCCCGCCGCCCUUCCUCCGCCGCGCCGCGGGCUCCGCGCUCUGGGGAGCUCGCCGCGCACCGAGGGCCGGCCGCAGCGCGGCGCCGGGGGGAGGCUCCCGAGCUCGCCAUUUCCCUGCAUGAGGCGGUUGGCACCACUGGAGAGACCGAAUGAGAGACUCUACAGCGGUGGGUAAUUCACUGGUCCAUAAGCGGUCUCCUUUACGUCGAAGUCAUAAGGCAUCAGCAUCCUCACCCAAACUAUCGUUACGUGAUGGACAGAAAGCCAAAAAGCCACUGUGUAAAUUUGAAGAAGGUCAGGAUGUCCUAGCUAGAUGGUCAGAUGGCUUGUUUUAUCUUGGAACUAUCAAAAAGAUAAACAAACUGAAACAGAACUGCUUCAUUAUAUUUGAGGACAGUUCCAAGUCUUGGGUUCUCUGGAAGGACAUACAAACAGGAGCCACUGAAAGUGGGGAAAUGGUCUGUACAAUAUGUCAGGAGGAGUAUUCAGAAGCACCGAAUGAGAUGGUUAUAUGUGAUAAAUGUGGGCAAGGUUAUCAUCAGCUGUGUCACACACCAAAUAUUGAUUCCAGCGUGAUAGAUUCAGAUGAUAAAUGGCUCUGUCGACAGUGUGUUUUUGCAACAACAACUAAGAGAGGUGGUGCGCUUAAGAAAGGACCAAAUGCCAAAGCACUGCAAGUCAUGAAACAAACUUUACCAUAUAACGCAACAGACCUUGAGUGGGAUGCGGGUCAUAAAACCAAUGUUCAGCAGUGUUACUGCUAUUGUGGAGGACCUGGAGACUGGUAUCUAAAGAUGUUGCAGUGCUGCAAAUGCAAGCAGUGGUUCCAUGAGGCUUGUGUGCAGUGCCUCCAAAAGCCGAUGCUUUUUGGUGACAGGUUUUAUACAUUCAUUUGCUCAGUUUGCAGUUCUGGACCAGAAUACCUCAAACGUUUACCCUUGAGAUGGGUAGAUAUAGCACAUCUAUGCCUUUACAACCUAAGUGUUAUUCAUAAGAAGAAAUACUUUGAUUCGGAGCUUGAACUCAUGGCGUACAUAAAUGAAAACUGGGAUAGAUUACAUCCUGGUGAGCUGGCAGAUACACCAAAAUCUGAAAGAUAUGAGCAUGUACUGGAGGCAUUAAAUGAUUACAAGACCAUGUUUAUGUCUGGAAAAGAAAUAAAGAAAAAGAAGCAUUUGUUUGGCUUGAGAAUUCGUGUUCCUCCUGUGCCGCCAAAUGCUGCUCUAAAGGCUGAGAAAGAGCCAGAAGGAACUUCUCAUGAGUUCAAAAUUAAAGGCAGAAAAUCAUCUAAACCAAUCCCUGAUGUGAGGGAAUUAAGUAAUGGUAUAGAAAGAAAGGGGAAAAAAAAAUCAGUAGGUCGUCCACCUGGUCCCUAUACAAGAAAAAUGAUUCACAAAACUCCAGAGUCGUCUCCUCUGGAUACUGAACCAGUUCCAGUGAUAGAGACCCCAGCCUUGGAAUUACCCUGCUCUGUUGGGAAAUCCGAUGGAACUGCACAUUCAUCCAAUACCUCAGAUGUGGAAUCCACAGGUGCUGCCAGUAUAAAAGAAACUACCUCAUCUAGCAUAUCCAGACAUUAUAGUUUAUCUGAUUCAAGAAAAAGGACUCGUACAGGAAGAACUUGGCCUGCUGCAAUACCGCAUUUGAGAAGAAGAGGUCGCUUUCCACGAAAAGCACUCCAGACUCAAAAUUCAGAAAUUGUAAAAGAUGAUGAGAGCAAGGAAGAUUACCAGUAUGAUGAACUCAAUACGGAGAUACUUAACAAUUUAGCAGACCAGGAGUUACAGCUCAAUCAUCUGAAGAACUCUAUUACUAGUUAUUUUGGUGCAGCAGGUAGAAUAGCUUGUGGCGAAAAGUACCGUGUUUUGGCUCGUCGGGUGACACUUGAUGGAAAGGUGCAGUAUCUUGUGGAGUGGGAAGGAGCAACUGCAUCCUGACUGUAGGACUGAACAUUAUGUUCACUGCACUGUCAUCUGUAAGUACAGUUCAUAAUGCAGAGCCAUGAGAGAAGUGUGUCUUUAAAUGUUUCUAAAAACAAAACAAAACCAAUUUAGCCUUAACGUGUAAUUGUUAUCAUUACAGCUCUUGUGAUAAAGACUUAUCUUUUUAAAAUCUGAUCUGAAACUUAAAUUUUUUAAUCUGAACACUGUUAGAUUGUUUUAGGUUGGGAUAUUUUGGGUUACAAUUGCUUAAAAAUGUGCAUGGUGUUUAAAAAAAAAAAAGACAUUUUCUAGAGAACAUUCCAUGGAUACAGUUAUUGUGAUUUAGAGAAAUAUUAUGUAGAUAGCACAAAUCUUUGAAAUUUUUUUGGUUUGUUUUCUUACCCAAAUGUUUGCAGAAAUGUAUUUCUAUUUCAAUACUUUCUAGAUUUCAUAAGUGCAGUGUAUAUAAUGCCUACUGAAGACUGUAAAAUACUGAAGUUCUCUUUCAAACAAAGUGUAAAAAAAAAAAAAAAAAAAGAAAAAAUAUAUUGAGCCUGUAAAUUGCUCUGUGACCAGACUUCAUUGUCUUCUUAAUAUAUUCUGUGUGUGUGCGCAUGUGUUUGUGUAUAUACAUAUGUAUAUAUGCACGCACAUACUUGUGUGUGUAUAUAUAUGUGUGGUUGUGACCUAUGCAAUACAAAUUAUGGGAUUGGACAGCUUCUGAGUACGCAUCCCAUAAUUCUUUUUUCAGGAAUAGUUGCCAGUAUUUACACAGCAGCAUUUCUUCUCAGGCUUAUUGGGUGCUGUUGCUUUCUGUGUACUAAGGAAAAUGUCAAACCAGUGCAGCGUGUUCUGGCAAUGGGUGCAGUCACUGAUGUUCAUAUGCCUUGGGGUAAUAGUCCUUUCUUUUCCAUGUGACUUAACAGUUUAAAAAAAAAAAAAGCGCAGGAUUAAAACAUUAACGACUAGAAAUAACAAUUGUAAAGCUAUUGUGGCACACUGAUUGUAAAUUGUGUCCCGCUUAUAAACGGAGUUGCCAGGAGUUGCACAAGAUCCCUACGUAUGUGUAACGUAUGUGUAACGUACGUGAAACGGUCGUGUUUCGAUAAAGGUAGUGUGAGCAAAGUAUUAUUGCACAGGUUCAACAAAAAAUGUGUUGCCAUUUGAAGUGACAUUACUGGUUUUAAUACAAUAUUACCUCUUUUGUUUUUAUAAAAUGUACCAAGUUCUAAGCUGAUAUGUUCAUUUUGCUUGGUUUUUUUUACUCAAAAACGUCUCCUGCCAGUAUUACGUGUUCUUUCUGAUAACUUCUGAGUUGGGAUAGCCAAAGAGUGAACGGAGGAAGAACAUUUUUACGUUAGUGGUUAUUCAGCAUACAGCGUAAGCUUUCUUCCCAUAAGAUUACAGUUGACCACUGAAAUUAAAUUAAGUAAUGUAAAUGACAGAGUGGUUUAAAGUUGACUACCUGAGUUGGUACUUCCUUAUCCCAUUACUUGACUCCUUUUUUUUCUGCUCUUCUUGACAGAGUGAUAUCUUUUUUGUUUGUCACCUUGUAGCCAAGGGAAGCUUUUAAUCCUGUGCUUGGUUUGUGACUGGCUGGGUAAUACUAGCUUUAUAAAAUGCUAAUUGGAAGCUGCCGCCUCUGUUUAUCUUCACUAAAAUGUUUUUUUUUCCUCACACCCUCAGCUAUUAAUUUAAUGUUGCCUUGCCUAUAGCUGCAAUAUUUUGAUAACACAACAUUUUCAUGUUAGUUUUUUGAAUGUUUAUACAUUGGGAUAAUGCAAAAUGUAAAGCCUUUGUAACCUUACUCACAUCUGUAUUUGUCUAUUUCACUUUAUCCAAGCCCUUUAAUUCUAACUGAACACCAGCAGUAUUUUCAGUAAAGCUUCAGCAUUUGCAGAUAAAUAUUGGAAUGUAUUUGGGGACUUUAGCUGGGGGUGUGGGGAGGGGAAUAUUCGUCAAACUGUCCAUAGACUUAAUAUUGUGAAUGUCAUUGUUUCAUUUUAUUAUUAUGGUUGAAUUGACUCUGAUGUUCAGUUUGUAAUUUUGGAAUUGCUUUUUUCUUAGAAUUAAAGUCCAACUUUAAAUGUGUGGGUUUUUUUUUUUUUGAAAGAGAGAAGAAUGAGUUUUUAGUCUGUGUUCUCAUGCAAUACGUAUUGUGAUUUCCUCCUGUCCAUGGUUCCUCUGCUCUGGCUUGCCUGUUGCUCUCCCAGAGGUUCUUGCCCUGCACAUAGAUGCUAACUGACCUUCCAGCUGCACUUGACAGAUGCUUUGUUGCAAGGUGUCAUGUACUGGAAAAUGCUACAGUGGUGCUGCUGAAGCUGUGACUAGAUUAAUACAAAUGGCUUUCUCUCAUUUUGUGUGAACCUUACUGUAUGUGGUAAUGGAGUGGAAAAAUACAAAUGUUGCUGUAUGUAAUGAUUUUCUUUUAGUUUAACUUGAUCAUUUUAUGUAUGCAUGUGUGUAAAUGUAUGUAACUCAGCUUUGUUGCAAUCACAGAUUUAGAACCUUUCCCUUGUGUACCAAAUAUGAUAUUUUUCCCACUUUAUAUUAAUUGUAUUACUGUAAUGUUUAGAUAGGAGAACUCUGUUUUGAGGCCAUCCUAAAAAAUGUAGGCAUCAGAUAAACAAGACAGCAAAGAAGUAAUGAUGCACUACUGGUCCAAACUGAAAUAAACAUCAUAGGAAGCUAUUUGACAAAUCCUUGUUCAGAAGAAAAAUUUGAAAAGGCUUUUUUUUUUUGUCUUUGCCAUGGAGAGGAAUUUUCUGUGCUGUUCUGUUUAUAGCAGGCAUUUUGUAUGAGUUUACUAAGAAAUUUUGAAAGGUCUUUGAGUGUGAUGAUAAGUCAAUCUUAAUAUUUUGUUUUAAUGUGAAAGACUAGAAACCCAAAUGAGACCAUGAAGGUGAAGAAAAGCAGUUUGUCUUGCAAGCAGGAGGAAAGAUAAGCAGAUAAUAGAAAAGUGUCAAGCAUUUGAAACAUCUUACUGAAGUGAUCUCUAGUGUUGUAUUUUAAAAGGAAAUUGGUGUCUUCAGAUGGAACAUACCAAGGCUGGAGAUGGAGCAGUAGUCAGAACACAGUGAUAAGGAUGAACUGGACAAGAGCAUCGGUUCUGUGAACUGAGGGACGAGGAUGGAUCUUGCAAUUAUUAUGCAGGUAACAUUUUCAGGCUUUAAACUGUGUCACUUCUUUAGUUCCCAGAUGUCUACCUGAAUGAGAAGUAACUUCACAGUUAAGGAUAUGAUGGCAGAAAACAUUUUCUAGAGAUGGAGAUAGGGGUUUAGUGUAGAAUUUUGCAUUUAGUCAACGUGGAACCUUAUGCCUAAGUAUCUUUGUGGGGGCAUCAGGUCUGCUCCGAUCCUUGUUAGGUCAGAAAAACAUGGGAAUGAGUGAGGAAAAAUGUUCAACCCAAAGUUCAUGGGAGAGUUUAGUUUUGGAAAUCGGUUUAAUCACCGAUAGGUAACUGUUUUAAGAGGAAAAGGGGAAAGAAUCCUUUGGAGUUGCUGAAGAAAGUUGAAAGGGGAAUGCCCAUCUUCAAAAGACAGUACAGGGCAAUUAGAGACAAAAAGAUGAGUAGAAAUGGAAGCUGUGCACAAGUGUAAGAAUGAAGUUGGAAUUCAUUGUUUUUGGCACCUCCAUCUUUCAGCAGUUAUGCAUUCGGAUUUUGUACUGUGUCACUUCAUUUGAACUUCUAUGGUUUUUAUCCUAUUGAGAGUGCAUUGGGCGUAGUUUUUGUUCUAGUUCCUGUUAUAUAUUUCCAUUUUUGCUAUAGUUUUGGGAUUGUUCUCAACAUACAUUGAAACUUCCGUCUUUCAUUAAGGGGCAUAAUAGUGGUUUGGCCAUGACAUUUAGAAAUGCAGAACUGAAAGCUAGCUCAUCUCUGCUGUUUUUGGUUGGUUGGUGGUUGUUUUUUUUCUUCCCCCAGAUUUCUGCAGAUAUCCAUAUACCGUGAGAUUAAGUUGUUCUGAUUUUUAUUCAUAUUAAGAUACUUUGCUUUGCAUGUAUGUGCAGUGUAUACACAUACGUGCACGUGUACAAAUACCCAAGCCCUAGAAACAUGAGAACAACUUAGAUUGUAUUUAAUUAUAAUGAAAAUUUAUUAUUAUUAAUUAAGUCUUUAAGUGGGCUAUGAAAUGCUCAUUAAAAAGCCGUUGAAGACGGAUGGUUUAAAAAAAAAUAAAUAUCAUUUCAGUUCUUA